AUGCCUCAGAAGAUUCGAAGACACAUCACCUACCCACUGGAAAGGCCUUGGAGCACUGCCGAAGACGAAACGGACGAUGGGAACUUAGAAGACAAUCAUCUUGCUGGCCAGACAAAAACUGGGGAGGCGGUGGGCGAAGAAGAAGGUGCGGUGGGCGAGGGCAGCUCAGUUGCUGGCGAUUCGGAUGUUGAGGACGAUUCCUCCCAAUUGGUGCACGAGUCGGUAUCAAAAAAGAGCGUGACCAAGGUGCGAGCGAAGAGGGUCAAGUACGUUCCCUCAGACGAGACACCGGAGCAGCGAAAUUCACGGACAAUCUUCGUUGGCAAUGUCGCCAUCGAAGUAGCCAAGAGCAAGUCUGCUCUAAAACAGCUCAGGCGAUUCAUACUUUCCCAUGUCCCGUCUGCCAAAAUCGAAUCGAUACGACUUCGCUCUGUCGCAUUCAAAAAUCCCGUAUCAAAACUCACUGACGACGGGGAUGCGUCGUCCAGUGCUAAAGCUCUCCCCUCCGACUCGGCAGGCCGCACUCACGACCGUGAUCGUGCAUCAUCUUGGAGAGCAUCCAAUCUAUCCUCAGAGGAGAAGGAGAGGGAGAAGGAGAAGAAACGUCUGACCUCUCAGGAGAAAAAGCGUGUUGCGUUCAUCAAGCACGAAAUCCACGACGUUGCAGAUUCUGUCAACGCGUACGUCGUAUUUGCCCAUACCCCUGCGACCGAAGUACCUUCCAAGGCCCCUGCAUCCGAGGCUUUGGACCCGUAUGAAGCUGCUCGUCUCGCGGUCGAAAAAUGCAAUGGUCUAGUAUUCAUGGAACGGACGCUACGCGUCGAUCGAGUUGGCCGCAGUAUUGACGCGACAGGCAACAAGGGCACAACGUCAUUAGGGGACCCAAAGAAGACUGUAUUCGUCGGAAAUUUGGAUUUCGCCAGUAAGGAAGAAGACCUCAGGGUCUUCUUCGAAGGAGUGGUCAGUGCUGAGCGUGGACCGAGAGGUCUCAGUGGUGAGGAGGAGGAAGAGAGCGAGGAAGAGGACGAAGUAAACGAGGGAGACAAGGUCGACAGCGAGAAGCCGAAUACCUGGGUCAUCACUGUUCGCAUCGUAAAGGACAAAGAUACUCAACUAGGGAAAGGUUUCGCCUACGUGCAAUUUGCAGAUCGCGAAUGCGUUGACGAGAUUCUUGCUCUUGAAGAGGGAAAGUUAAAGUUUGCCAGGCGUAAGCUGCGUGUCCAACGUUGUAAGACACUCCCAGGCGGCAAGGCCCCUACCACCAAAGUUGCUUCAAUCUCCAAGACUUCGAAACCCACCAGAGCCUAUGGCGCUUCUACCUCUGCCCCUAUUUCAAUUCCCAAAGGAGACCCCACGCUUGGACAAAGAGUUGCUCAUCUGUCUAAAGAAUCUCGCAAGCGGGUCAAGGCAACGGAUGUGGAUCGUGUCGCUCGACGCCUGGCGAAGAAAAAGGCCCGUAAUGCGCUUGCGAAGGCAGGGGUCAAAGAACACACAAAGGAUCGCGAGCGGGUGCGGAAAGGUACGAAGGACAGGCUGGGCGACGCCACAUCCAAAACGCAGAAGAAAGGGCGAGUCAGAAGCGAGCUGAGUGUAACGAAGAGGAAUAGGAAAAAGUAG